GCAAGAAGCCAACAGUGCAGCUGCUCGGCGAGGUUUGAGGUUACAUUGAAGGCAGCACCAACCCGAGGAUUACAAUGAUUGCAACAACUCAACAAAACAUGACCACGGAGCUGGACCUGGGAAGUUCAGAUGGUCCCCCGAGGAACUGGAAGGGCAUAGGAAUCGCCAUGGUGGUGAUCCUGGCUGUCAUGUCACUGGUCAUACUCUCUGUCGUCCUCCUCACACCUGAUGAAUCUCACUUAUUGCUCCGUUCCCAACUCACCAUGGAGGAUCUGGAGAGUGAGGAGUUCAAAAUUCAUGACCCCUCUGUAGCAUGGUUGAACGAAAACGAAGUGGCCCUUCGCACCAGAGAAGGACAUGUCCUGUCUUUCAGCCUCAACAACAACCUCACCACGACUCUGCUGGACAACAGCUCCCUGGACCUGACCUCUACUAAAUUCCAAGUCUCUGCAGACAGGAAGUUUGUCCUCUUGGCGUACAACAUUCGACCGGUGUUCUCUCAGUCCUUCACAGCCUCCUAUGCUAUCCACGAUGUGGCUAAUGGGGAUCUGCUGGAGCUUAACCCUCCGGAGAGCGAGAAGGCAGAGCUACAAUAUGCCUCCUGGGGUCCUCAGGGGAACCAGCUGGCCUAUGUGUCUGACGGAGAUAUCUACUACCAGCCAAGUGUGACCAGUAAACCUCUGCGUCUCACAACCACUGACCCGGAGCAGAGUGUGGUGAAUGGGAUCUCUGACUGGACUUAUGAAGAGGAAGUGCUGCUGACAUAUGCAGCCCAUUGGUGGUCGAUGGAUGGAGCCCGGUUAGCGUACCUCACCAUCAACAACUCUGCCACACCUGUGAUGGAAAUACCUCGCUUCCUGGGUGGUCUCUACCCGUCCAAUGUCGUCUUUCCCUACCCCAAGGCUGGUUCGAGUAUCCCAUCAGUUAGUCUAUUUGUGGUGAAUCUGUAUGGUCCAGCUCACACUCUGGAAAUGAUUCCUCCUGACUCCCUCAGGGCCAGAGACAGCUACAUCUCCAUGGUGACUUGGAUCAGCAGCACUCGCCUCGCUGUACGUUGGCUGAAUCGUGCCCAGAACCAAUCAGUGCUGUGCGUGUGCGAGGCCACCACAGGGGCAUGCUCCGAGAAACACAAAAUGGCCAUGGACAUAAUGCAGAACCAACGACAGGAUGUGCCGUUGUUUUCAGCAGACAGCGCUGUGUUUUAUACAAUCCUACCAGCCAAACAGGGCGCUCGAGGGGAGUUCCAUCACAUUGCCAGUCUCUCAGCCCAGCCCGCCACCCCCACCGUCCCCCCUCGCUUCUUGACAUCAGGGAGCUGGGACGUCACCUUGCUCUGCGCCCUGGACGAGAAGGCUGGAAAAAUAUAUUUCCUGAGCACGGAAGAAUCCAGACAGAGCAGACACCUUUACAGUGUGGACCUGGAUGGAGUGUUUGAGCGUCAGUGCAUCUCCUGCAACCUCAUCGAUGGGUGUCGCUUCUUUAAAGCUGAGUUCAGCCCCAAUCAGACGUACUUCACCCUCUACUGCUUAGGCCCAGGAAUCCCUAAAGUGACGGUUCACAGCACAAAGGACCCCUCCAGAUAUGUUGUUCUGGAGGAUAACAGCCCUCUGUCAAGAGCUCUGGAGGACAAGAGCCUGCCUGAAACCCUGUUCAGGACACUGCCAGCAGACAACCACGAUCUCCAUCUGAAGCUAUCUCUACCUCAGGGUUACGAGGCCAACCUGCACCCUCUACUCAUCAUUGUAGACGGUGUGCCUGGCAGUCAGUCGGUGACGGAGGAAUUCGCCCUGGACUGGCCUCAGGUCCUCUCCAGCACUCACAAUGUGGCCUUGGCCUGGGUGGACGGCAGGAGUGGGGUCGGCCGUGGACAGAAGACCACCACUGUGGAUCCUCGCAAGCUUGGCUCACUAAGAGUCAAAGAUUAUCUGGGAGUUGUUGAGUUGUUGAUGCAGCUCUCUUACAUUGAUGACCGCCGGAUGGCCCUAUAUGGCAAGGCAUUUGGUGGAUAUUUAACUCUGAAGAUGUUAGCGGCGACAGAUAAACUAUUUCAAUGCACGGCAGCUGUUGCACCGAUUACUGACUUCAGGCUUUAUAGUGCUGCAUUCUCAGAGAGGUACCUAGGCCUUCCAGCAAAGGAGGAGCACGCUUACUCGACUGCCUCUUUGCUGGAGGAAGUAAACAAGCUGAAAGAUGAGAACUUCCUUAUCCUGCAUGGAACCGCAGAUGCGAGGGUACACUUCCAGCACAGCGCAGAGCUCCUGAGCCGGCUAGUGAAGGUGGAAGCUAACUACUCCCUGCAGCUGUACCCAGAUGAGGGCCACAUCCUGAGGGAGCCGCGCAGCAUCCAGCACUUCCAACGGACUGUGGUGAACUACCUCCAAACCUGCUUGAAGCACAGCGUCUUCUUAGAUCCUGUAGAAGAUGAGGAGGAGGAAGACGACUGAGCACUGACACCCUUCCCUUCUCUCUGGAAGGACUCUCUUCGGACUGUACGCCAUCUUAUGCAUUACCUUGGGUCGGAUUAUCGGACACAAGAGCACAGGAGUGGGGACCAAGCACAUCAGAUCACCUCCUACAACUUCUGGAAAAACUGUUUGAUGUACUGUAUACCUUGUUGCACAUAUUUAUUAUUUCUGCUGUUAUACUGUAUGUAUGAAGCUCUGUUUGUUUACAGGAUUCACUGGAGAUAAUGUGGACAAGAAGGCUACUGUCAGACGUUUACAAAGAUUUUAAAACAUGCAUAUCCUAAUGGCUGCAUGAUGUGGAUUAGUUUUUAUUGCAUUUUAUAUAUUUUGCAGAUUCAAAUGUCACUCUUAUGAUUAAAAGUUCAGAAUCUACCAGCAGCUGGGAACACACUGGAGCACUGAUAGUCAGCUGGACCAAGGGCCACACCAGACCCCCAUAGCUGCCCAUCAGGCCUCAAAAGAUGAAUAAAUUAUGAAAAUUGGAGGAUGUUUUAAGGGUAUCUUUUGUUUAUUCAACAGCUAUUAAUGCAACCUCAAAAACGAUUAGUAUUAAAAGGAUUUUAUCAGUUAUAACUAAACCUUUGAUCUGUUAUUUACAGAAAUCCUUAUGUGUGCCAUCAUUAGUAAAUGUGGUGCAUGAUAAACUCAUACAUGUCAGUCCAGUCCUGAUUAAAUCUGCAGUUUUCAGUGCCAGCAUCCCACUUCAGAGGGUAUUUUUCCCUACCUAAUCACAGAGGCAUAUUUGCAUUAAACCUAGUGAUGGACAAAGUCUCAGCCUCAGAAAUAUGUUGCUAAAAUAUCUCAAUCGCCCCCUUGAGACUGGCUGCAAUGUAGAUAUUAGAGCAGUAGAGACUGAUGUCACUAUUAAUGUCUAAAAAUUACAUACAUUUUGAAAGCAAAUAAACUUAGCAUAAAAAAUAGGUAAACUUGUGUUGGUAGAUUAUAUCUUUGUUUGCAACAAUGCUUCUUGGCAAUAGGCCUUAUACUGUUGGAAAGCUUGUUUUAUUUCUCUUUUAAAUGGUGCCACAUUUUUACGGAGCAUGUAUUUGUGGGAUGAGCAGCAGAGCUGAGUUUGUGGAUUGCGCCCAUAAAAAAUUUGCCACAUCUUCUCUGCCAAUG